AAAAUGGACAAAGGCUCGAUAGAAGGAAGAAGACAUCUUAUACUAAGCACUUUCCUUCUGCCAUUCAUUUCAUCACUAGUUUUUCUUGCAGGUGCUGAGUGUCCCCCUGAGACUGGUUACAAAGGGGAUGUAUCCUUGACAAAUGGGUAUAAUGAAGCCAGCAUUGUUCACUUUCUUUGCCCCAUAGGGCAGUAUCCAUGGCCUGCUAAUAGUAGAAUAUGUGAGGCCACUGGAAAGUGGAGUGUUAUGCGAUCCAGCACAGGAAGGAUAUACAACUCAAUAUCAUGCAAAAAAAUGCUUUGCCCUCAGCCCGUGGCAUUUGAAAAUGGUGAGUUUUACCCAAGGGGGCCCUACUUCGUUGGGGCAAAUAUAACUUUCAAAUGUAAUGAUGGAUACACCCUGCGGGGGUCUGUGGAAAGAACAUGCAAAAGGAACGCCAGAUGGAGUGGAGUGACUGCAGUUUGUGAUGAUGGAGCUGGUCAUUGUCCCAACCCAGGUAUACCUCCUGGUGCUAUGAAGACUGGUGUGCGAUAUGACAUGGACGACAGCAUUAAAUAUGAGUGCUCCCGUGGGCUGUCACUGGUGGGGUCACCCAGUAGGACAUGUCUGGAAAGCCGGAGAUGGAGUGGGAGAGAAAUAGACUGUCAAUAUGCAUACUCAUUUGAUCUACCAGAAGAUGUGCAGGAGCAGUUUAAAGCCUCGCUUUCAGGAAUUCUGAACAUUAUGGAAAGACCAGCUUCUUUCGGGCGAACAAUAAAGAUAACGAAAGAUGGCAUUCUAAAUGUAUAUUUUCUACUUGACGCAUCUCAAAGUGUUGGUCAAGCGAACUUUGAUAUAUACAAAGCAUGUUCAGAAUAUCUUGUAGAUGAGCUUGCCUUGUUUGAUAUGACCAUACAGUUUGGAAUAAUCUCCUAUGCAACUGUCCCCAAAGUGGUCAUACCAAUUUAUGAUGAAGAGUCAGACAACAAUGAUCAUGUGCUUACUUUGAUUAGAAAUGAUCUUAAAUACAGUGACCACAAAGACAAGACGGGCACAAAUACUAAAGCUGCUCUGGAAGAAAUCUACAGUAUGAUGUCAUCUCAAAAAGAAACAUACAAGAAUGAAUCUGUGUGGAAUUCUAUUCAUCAUAUCAUUAUACUGCUGACAGAUGGGAAAGCAAAUUUAGGUGGUCGUCCUGCACACACAAUAAAACGUAUUGAAGAUUUCCUAGAUAUUAAACAUAAAAGAGAAGAUUAUUUGGAUGUUUACACAUUUGGAAUUGGUCCAGAGGUAGACAUGGCAGACUUAAGUGAAAUGGCAUCAAAGAAGGAUGGUGAGACCCAUGUGUUUCGAAUGGAAAGUGCAAAUGAAAUGAAGACAGUGUUUCAGAAGAUAGUUGAUAUUAAGCACUAUGGUGAAAUGUGUGGACUUAAUGAUGAAUCUCAAGAAUCAGAGAGCAGCUUUCGUUUCCCAUGGAAUGUCUUGGUAAAAUCUCGUAGGUCCGUGUCUGGCCCUUGUUUGGGGUCCCUAAUAUCUAAAUCCUGGGUCCUCUCUGCUGCACAUUGUUUCAAAGAAGGUGAACCAUCAGAUGCAUAUGACUUUGAAAUUGGGGGGCAAAACUACAAGGCUCAAAGAAUUGAGAUCCAUAAUUGUUACAAUAUUAGUAGAAAGAAAUCGAAGAACGUCAAUGAAGAUUAUGAUUAUGAUGUGGCUUUGGUUCAACUAAAACAGAAUGUGAAAUUCUCAAAGGAGGCCAGACCAAUUUGUAUCCCAUGUACUGAGCCAGCCAACAGAGCCAUGAAAAAAUUGAAAGGAUCAACCUGCAAAGAUCACAGAGAGCAACUGAUGGGAGUCAAUGAAAUCCCUGCAGGAUAUCUAUCUAAGAAUAAACAAAAUGAGCUGAUCGAACACAGAGUUUUUAUAAAAACCAACAAGGAUAGAGAAACCUGUGUGGCCGCUGUUCAAAAGUGGCCCAAGUUUGAACAAAUCGAUCCAGUUCUGAUGGUUUCACCCCGACAUUUAUGUGUUGAGGGUAAAAUGUCAUGUAAAGGUGAAUCAGGUGGAUCUCUGUUUGUUCAUCUUAGGGGAAGGCGGCGCUUUUUUCAGGUUGGUGUGCUAAACUUUGGAAUAUUUAACCCCUGCAGUCGACCUGGACAACGUGAGCCUCCACCUCCUGGAUCUGAACCCAGAGAUUUUCACUUUGAUGUCAUACAGAUUUUGCCCUGGAUGCGCAAACACCUUGGGAAUGAACUGGAGUUCUUGCCUGAUAUUCAAAAGCAAGAUAUACCAGCAUGUCCUACUUGAUAAAAAGUAUUGACAUCAUUUUAUUUUAUACCUUUGUACCUGCAUUAGUACGCAUGUGCAUGUAGUAUACAGAUUCAAGCUUUUUAUAUACACCAGCUUGUUGUUCCAUUAUGUUGUUACACUCAGCAAAAUGACAGCUUUUUUGCUUCUUUUUCCCAGAAAUACCCAACCUAAAACUACACAAAUUAAAAAGUGAAUGGUAUGCUCUGU